AUGGCAGCCGAGCCAACGGAAGCGGACCUCGCCGCGGACCGCGGCAUGGCCGAGGCGCUGCAGCUCCCGGCGCGCGGCGUCUGCCUUGCCUCGGGCGGCCGGCCGCCUCGCUCGGCAGCAGUUCUCGAAGGUCUAAUCGUCUGGUGCUGGUGGCCUGCGACAGAGCCAGCCAGGGUGGCCUCUGCCGCGGAGAGCGGCGGGCCAGGCGGUUUCGCCUGGCCCCCGGGUGAGCUCCGGCAGGCGAUGGCCGCGGAGGGCCCUUUCUGCACACGUGGCCUCGUGGCCGUGUGCAGUGUACGCCAUCGUUUCUUCGCCCGGCCGCCCGCCCCAGGGGGCUGGCUGCCCCCUCUCAGCAGCAGCGCUCGAACGCCUGACCCCGGACAGAAGCGAAGCUCGCGGCACCUUCUGCGCCAAGCAAGCGCGGUGCGCGGCCCGUCCUGCGGCCCACGCCGUCAUGCUGAUCUACAAUCUCUGACGAGCGGGGCGUAG